AUGGACGCCUUUGCAGAUUACCGACCUUUGGAUUACGAACACAUUGCCCUUAAUCCUUUGAUUCAAAAGGCUAAAAUCAAAGACAUAAGAAUUUUCCCUUCUGACCUACCUUUACAGUUCGAACAAUUUGCUCUCAAACCUCUAAUUCGUAAAAUUACAAAUACGGAUUUGAACAACUCUUCUUCGCAAAUUUCUGUAUGGGAUAAAACUGCAGCUGCUUCCUCUUCUGGCUCUACUGGAAGUUCUGACUGGACAAACUGUCAUCAAACUAAGAUUUUCGACUCUAAAGCAAAGAUGGAGCUUCUUGACAUCAUUCUAACGAAGUCUAGUAAAGGGAGGUUGAAACAAGAUGAAGCAAGGAAGUAUUUUCAGCAGCUCAUAAAUGUGGUGGAAUACUGCCACAGCAGAGGUGUCUUUCAUAGGGAUCUGAAGGGAGAUGGGUUACUGCACAGAACCUGUGGAAAACCAAAUUAUGUUGCUCCUGAAGUGAUUAAGAAUAAAGGCUACGAUGGAGCUAAAGCAGAUCUAUGGUCGUGCGGUGUAAUAGUUUUUGUACUAUUGGCAGGCUUUCUGCCAUUUGAAGAGUCCAACGUCAUGGACUUAUACAAAAAGUAUUUAGCAAAUCUUAUUGCAUUCUUUUCAUGA